AUGGGGCUAUCGUCGACCUCCCUUCAGACGUUGCCAUUCACCCCAAAGCAACUCCAUCAUCAGUCCGAGAUGAGCAGCUGGGCCUCGGGCUCUCCUCUCUCCUCUUCCGCAAACGUCACGACAAACAACAUCAACAGCAACACUUCGCCUUGUUUUCCUGGUGCUCAUGAGAUUUCGUCCUCUGAGAAGUACAUCUGUCACCAAACAGGUGGGUCUCUUCCCUGUUUUCAGGGUUCGGGUGUGGAACACGAGGAUAAGCUUACGAACCAGUGGUUCGAAGGUGUUCCCCCACAGAUGUCAAUUGGUUCAUUCCGCAGAGCUGGAGUUGGUUGCAGUGGAAAUGGUGGGCAGAUCCAGUUGUGGCAGUUUCUUUUGGACGAGCUACAUGACCCUCUAUCUGCACGCUAUAUCUGCUGGACUGGUCACGGGGCCGAGUUCAAAUUGAAGGACCCCAAUGAGGUAGCGCGCAGAUGGGGAUUACGGAAGAACAAGCCGAAGAUGAAUUACGAGAAAUUGAGUCGUGGCCUCCGCUAUUACUAUGACAAGAAAAUUAUUGAAAAGUCAGCUGGCAAGAGGUAUGUGUACCGGUUCUCCCCGAAGAUAGAGGAACUAAUCAAACACAUAAGUCCGAAGCAUUUGUUGCAAAAUAUAAUAGGUGCUACCAAGUUCAAACUGGUCUGA